GCUGGAGGCGCCGCCCCUCGCCGGGCUCGGGUCCCCGGAGCGGCGCCGGGGCUCCCCGCCUGCCUGCCUGCGUGCCUGCCUGCCGACGGGCCGCCGCCGCCGCUGCUGCUGCUGGGGCUGGGGCUGCGCCAUGCGGCGGGGGCUGCUGCGGCUGCUGCUGCUGCUGCUGGGCCUGCUGUGCCUGGGCCGCGCCUGCCAGCUGCCCUCGGACUGGCGCCCGCUGAGCGAGAGCUGCCGGGCGGAGCUGGCCGAGACCAUCGUGUUCGCCCAGGUGCUGGCGCUGCACCGCGACGCCCACGGCCUGCACAACGCCCUGCCCUGGCACCCCCCCGCCGGCGAGGGGCUCUUCUACUGGGCCGAGGUGGAGCUGCUCUGCGACCAGGCGUGGGGCAGCAUGCUGGAGGUGCCCGCCGGCUCGCGGCUCAACCUCACCGGCCUGGGCUACUUCGCCUGCCACUCGCACACCGUCACGCCGGGCGGCGCCUACUUCUUCUUCCUCAGAAUGGAUGAGAAUUACAAUCUCCUUCCACAUGGAGUUAAUUUCCAGGAUGCAAUCUUUCCGGAUACCCAGGAAAACCGACGGAUGUUUUCAAGCCUCUUCCAGUUUUCCAACUGCACUCAAGGGCAGCAGACGCUAAGCUUCACCAGUGACUGGGAGAUACAAGAGGACAACAGGCUGAUGUGCUCGUCAAUCCAGAAGGCCUUGUUUGAAGAAGAAGACCACGUGAAGAAGCUCCAGCAGAAGGUGGCAGCCCUGGAGAAGCGCAACAAGCAGCUGCGUGACAGAGUGAAGAAAGUGAAGCGGUCGCUCCGGCAAGCCCGGAAGAACGCCAGGCACAUGGAGCUGGUCAGCCGGAAACUCAGGGAGAAGCUCUCCUCCGCGGGAAGUCAGGUCCCCCACGCGAAUGCCUUAAAGCAAGCGAACUCUCCCGCCACAUACCUGAAAGUAUAACGCUGGCGUCGGUACUGCAGGUGGUGAUCUCAGAGAUGACUUCGCCACAGGUGCUUCUUCUCUUGGCUACAUCUUACAAUCCAAAGGGAUUGUAGGCCCCGGGAACUGGCACUGUACUAGGCACAAAUCUAAAAUGUAGAUUCGCCGUUAAAUUCUGCUUCUGGCCAUAAGCUAGCACCAAAUGCUGAAACAUUGCUAUAAGCGUGUUGUUUAAGCGGGUUUGAACCUAACCAGUGCCUGGGCCAUUAAAAAGUCCCAUAUAGGUUGGCUUGAGCUUCCCGUGAAAGAGCAGGGAACAUGUGAAAAGGAGGAAAAACACACUCCAUUAUUCCCAGGUAGGCAGAUACAAGCCUGUGUAUGAAUGCCGUGAUUCCAGCCGCAUCUGCAUCUAAUACGAGGAGGUGUUAAAAUCUGAGUUCCAGGUAAAGAUGCCCACAUGGAAGAUUUUUAAAACAGGCACCAGAAUGUUUUACUUUUAAAUGGUAUUUCACUGAAAAAUUAAAAUACAAGUAUUUCAUAUUUGAUCAACAUUUCUGGGUACAAUUUGGAUUUGCUUUAAUAUAGGUUUACUUAUUUUGGCAGUCGGGAUCCCCAAACAAGCAAAUCUACCCUGUCUUUAAGUCAGAAUCUUCCCUCUUCAAUCUAAACAUUGCAAAUGGAUUGAGUCCAUGGUAGAAAUUUUAAAGGCUGCUCUUUUCUUCCAUUCACCUCAAGAUUCCAGUAUUUUCACCUUUGUUUUCUUUAAAUUAAGAAAACAUGUUAACUUUGAUAAUUUUAAGGGGAUUUUAUUUGUCCCCCCAGCUAUUUCUGUAAAGUUGAGUUUGGAUGCUAAUUUGUAUAAAAAACUGAAAUGUGUUCAUGUUGAAAUAAAAAAGUUAAUGAAUAUACGA